AGUUAUUCCCUGAAUAUUCCCUAAAAAGAAAUAAUUUAAUGUUUUUUUUUUCAGUUGUGUGUGAACAUGGGUGUUUGUCACAUUCUGACAAGUUUCUUUUGAGUCAAAGACCACUGAGGGUCUGAUAUCUGAUGUCCUCACUAACUUCUUGUCUAUCGGGACACCACGUCUCAGACCUAUUAGUGCUGUUUGAGAAGUCUGUGGUAAGGGGGGGGGACCUACCCUGUUUUCUCGCACAUCACAGCGCCUCCCCCUGGUCACACGCAGGUAAGGCACAGCACUCCCUUUUUUUGCCUCCCUCUGUGCUCUGUUGCAGCGGUACGGUUUACCACAGCAGUGGGCGACUCCGCGUCUUUGUCUGGUAACGAGGUGGCAAGGCCCCUGGCGUGUCACCAUGGCAACCCCCUUCACGGGCUGUUCGCGUGAAACGUAACGCUAUUACUCGCCACGAGCCAAAUUCACGAAUCCGCACAGAAUAAAUGAGCAGAAGAGUAACUAAGUGUAACGACGGUAGCCUGUGAACCAGCGGGGAUUUCGCUAAUCGUUGCGUCGCCCAUGAUGUGUGAUAGCUGACAGUAUGAGGCUGGUGCUGCGUUCCGAUUGGUCGAAACAUCAACACCGUGUUUUGAAUACCUGCCUUUGUGAGUUUGAGGUCGGGAGCAGGUGACGGGCACCUUAAUGGAAAUCACCCACCCUAAAAGCCAGCUUGUUUACAUAUCAUUUCCGGAUGGUUCUCUGGAGAUCUCGGACGAGUCGCUGAGGUUUCCGCCUGUGGAUGAACGUGUCGCAGCUGAACGGAUGUCCAUCACUCUGUCCUUCUGGCAGGAGGUCCACCCCUCUGCAGACAUGAUCACAGCAAUGCAGCAGGUCCUGGAAAACCUGGAUGACCUUCCCUCAUCUGCUGGGGCCAAGGACAUCGACCUCCUCUUCCUCCGCGGCAUCAUGGAGAGCCCCGUCGUCCGCUCCCUUGCCAAGGCUCACGAGCGAUUGGAGGACAUCAAGCUGGAGGCUGUGCAGGAUAACAACGUGGAGUUGGUGUCGGAGAUCCUCGGAGACAUCAGAGGCCUGAGUGGCCGAGACGACAGUGCUGCAGAGCUUUCCCGUAUCCUCAAGGAGCCUCACUUUCAGUCCCUGUUAGAGGCCCACGAUAUUGUGGCCGCCAAGUGCUACGACUCCCCGCCUUCCAGCUCGGGGCCCGACGACGACGUGGCCGCGAUGACCGGCCCGCCGGUGCAGGCCGAAGCCAUCAGGAUGAUCGGGAUCCGGAAGAAGGCGGGGGAGCCGCUGGGUGUGACGUUUCGGGUGGAGAAGGACGAGCUGGUUAUCGCCCGGAUCCUGCACGGAGGCAUGAUAGACAGGCAGGGCCUUCUACACGUGGGCGAUGUCAUCAAAGAGGUGAACGGCCGUGACGUGGGCAACAACGCUGCAGAGCUGCAGGAGCUGCUGAAGGAGAGCAGCGGCAGCGUCACUCUCAGAAUCCUGCCCAGCUACAGGGACGCCCCGGCCCCUGCGCAGGUGUACAUACAGCCUCACUUCGACUACAACCCGUCAAAGGACAGUCUUAUCCCCUGCAAGGAGGCUGGCCUGGCCUUCUCCAGGGGUGAUAUACUUCAGAUUGUCAACAAAGAAGAUCCCAAUUGGUGGCAGGCGUGUCACGUUGUAGGCGGGGCAACAGGACUUGUCCCCAGUCAGUACCUAGAGGAGAAGAGGAAGGCUUUUGUCCCAAAAGACUGGGAUGAUUCGGGAAUGCUGUGCGGAGCGAUGAGUGGAAAGAAGAAGAAGAAAAUGAUGUAUUUAAUGGCAAGAAAUGCAGAGUUCGACCGGCACGAGCUGCUGAUCUAUGAGGAGGUGACCAGGAUGCCACCGUUCCAGAGGAAGACGCUGGUCCUGAUCGGAGCGCAGGGAGUGGGUCGGCGCAGCCUGAAAAAUCGUCUGGUUGUGCUCAACCCGAAACGCUUCGGAACCACCGUCCCCUUUACCAGCAGAAGGCCCCGGAACGACGAGAGGGAUGGGCUCUCAUACCGCUUUGUGACGCGGACAGAGAUGGAGGCGGACAUCAAGGCAGGAAGGUACCUGGAGCACGGCGAAUACGACGGGAACCUUUACGGAACCAAGAUAGACUCCAUCCAUGAAGUGCUGGGAACAGGACAGACCUGCAUCCUGGAUGUCAACCCGCAGGCCCUGAAAGUUCUGCGGAUGCCUGAGUUCAUGCCGUACGUGGUGUUCAUCGCCGCGCCGGACCUGGAGACGCUGCAGCUCAUGCACAAGGCGGCGGUGGAGGCGGGACUCACUGGCAAACUGCUCACGGACAUGGAUCUUAAGAAGACUGUGGAUGAGAGCGCGAGGAUCCACAGGGCUUACCGGCACUUCUUUGACUUGACGAUUGUCAACGACAAUCUGGACCAGGCCUUCGAGAAACUCUUGGCUGCGGUGGAACGGCUGGCGACCGAGCCGCAGUGGGUCCCCGUCAGCUGGGUCUACUGAGUGGAGCCUCCUUGAGGGAGCCAAUGAGUGCACUUCCUGGAGACCGUAUACUCACGUGAUUGGACGAGGUAAUGGGGGUUAGGCCCCGCCCACCCAGAGCCCCGCUCCCUGUGUUAAAGGGCCACACUCAGUGUACAUUAUCGACAACUUUUUCUACUUGCGCUCAAAGGGAUAAAGAAUACUUAUUUAUUUUAAUAUUUACAGCUUUUUACUGGGUAACUUUAUUUUCAUCAACUUGAAAUUUAAAACAAGUGAAUAUGGACGCUACUCUUUUUUAUUUAUUGUUUGUACUAUAGCUGUUAAUCAGCUGAAGCCAAAAAUUUUGUCUUGCAACAGACUUUUGAGAAUGAUAUAUAUUGGUACGUCUAAAAUUGAUCACUUGUUCUAGAUCAGUACACUACAGUACCUUAGAGGUUCAGUACCCUAACUGUGGCUAAAUCAUAAGACAGUCCUUUAUGGUCACUACUGUUUUUCUGCUCCCCUUCCCCUUCUGUGUACCUGUCUCUGAUUGUACACCGAACUGGCCCAGACCCCACUCCAUUACAGAAGCUUCUCGGUGUGAAAAGGACUCAUUUUAAGACUUCUUUUGCCCUAGACAGAGAGAACAUCGUGUGUGAUUUGUCCUGCUUGUUUGUUAACAUUAUGAUUUUUAGCUCGUUUACAAUAUCUGUUGUUUUUUUGUGUUUGGAUGCAGCAUCUCCUUGGUGACCCUUUACUUAAUAUGUAUGUGAUUUGGGUUUAAAUGUUGCCAUUCCCAUUCUCUGGUAGUGGUAUUUCUCUAAUAAUGAUACUAUAACCCAGUGUUUCCCAGCCCGGUCCUCAGGGAUCCACAGCCAGUCCAGGUUUUUGCUCCCUCUCAGCUCCCUGCCAGCGGACCACGUUUUUGCUCCCUCUCAGCUCCCUGCCAGAUAGUCCAGGUUUUUGCUCCCUCUCAGCUCCCUGCCAGACGGACCACGUUUUUGCUCCCUCUUAGCUCCCUGCCAGACAGUCCAGGUUUUUGCUCCCUCUCAGCUCCCUGCCAGACGGACCACGUUUUUGCUCCCUCUUAGCUCCCUGCCAGACAGUCCAGGUUUUUGCUCCCUCUCAGCUCCCUGCCAGACGGACCACGUUUUUGCUAAAAACAUGGGAACUCUGGGGUUUUCCAAGGACUGGUUUGGGAAAUGCCAUCAUUUGUUUAUGACAUUUCAUUUCGGAGCAUUUUAACCUUCUGUCAAUGAGUGUUUACACUGCAGAUGUAAAACCAUAAUUCCACCAUAGCAAUUGCUUCUCCUCUCUAUAUUGUCAUCCCAAAAGAUAUGUUUGUUUCCGCUUACACUUGAACAUGCCUCAGACCGGGCUAAAUAUACUUUACAACAAA